AUGUCUGGCCAAGCAUUUGCAGCCCUCCGGAAAACGCAGGGUGAGGAACUUGGGAGGCUUGCAGAAGAGCAUUUCAAGCAUGAUCUACAAGAAGAAGACCGCGACUUGCUGCGUUCUGCUGCAUCCAAAGCCUCCAGACACGCCCUCAUCGGCUCACUCGCCGGUAUUGCACUAGGAGGCUUCCUCGCCUACCGUCUACGAGCCAACCGCAAUGCCAUGUAUCAAGCCUUCCGUGCCGCCGAGAAGCCCACGCACGUCCGUUUCGCAAGCGGUCGCGAAGAAGCUAUUCCGGACAUCAGCCCUUUGUUACAGCCCACGCCUUUAGGAGACUUUGUGACAUACGCUUUCUUUGGUAUUGCUGGUCUGUUUUUGGGGGGUGAGGCUGGCUUGCUCACUGGGUCCUGGUCAGCCAGAAGAACCAUCGCCCGAAAUCCAGAUCGUGAGGAGAGGAUCAAAAAGGCGUUUCGGUCGUUCAGGGCAGAUGUGCUGAGACAACAACUCAAAGAGCUGGAGGCAGGGAAACAGGAGAGCAUUUGGUCAUAA